CAACUUGUCUCAGAGUUCAUGUUUUUGAAGUUUACAGACCUUGACAGCUCCGUGUUCCGAGCAACGAAGAGAUUAUGGCGCGGGGAUUCCUCCUAUCUUCCCAGAGCAGACCAGACGCUAUGAAUAUUCUAUUAUCGUCUCUCUCUAAAGAGGCCCACCAAAAAAGCAAACCUUUCCUCGGCUUCCCCCUGUGGCAUCACUUUCACCAGCAACCUCGCUAUGUUGCUCCAGCUCGCUACUCCUGCUACUCUUCUGCUUCCCAAUACCCAAUCGACAUUCCUGAGUACAGAGAAGCAUUCUCGCGGCGAAUGGCCAUGGCGGGGCUUCAACCUCAUCAUCGAAUUGCUUUAGGAGUCUCCGGUGGCCCUGACAGUAUGGCACUCUGUGUAUUAACUGCGUGGUGGAAAACUGCCGGUCUUAAGGCCGAUAAUGGUGGUCUUAUUGAUGGGCUACUAGCAAUAAUUGUUGAUCAUGGGUUGCGAGCAGAGAGCAAACAUGAGGCCAACGUUGUCAGUCAUCGGAUUUCUGAAAUGGGAAUCAGAUGUGAGAUUGCCCACUGUGAUUGGUCAAAUGGCAGACCAAAACUGGGUCAUUUGCAAGAAGCUGCUCGUGAAAUAAGGUAUCAAAUGCUUCAAAAAGUGUGUGCUCAGCACCAGAUUGGUGUAUUGCUUAUUGCACAUCAUGCUGAUGAUCAGGUUUGGUUGGCAAUACUAUUUGUUUCUGCAUCCCAGUUAUACCUUUCUGCGUUCUCUAAUUCUAUUUAGGACAUUCUGACGCUUUUGGUUCUUAUAGGAGAUCUUGAACAUAAGCUGUCUGGUUCCUUUUGGGUGCAGGUUUUUUUAAAUGCGUUCAAAGUUCAAAUUUUAUAAAAUAAUUUGAUUUCUAAUGUUGAAUGCAGUACUUCGUUGUCAAGUUAGU